AUGACGAAUCAGGAGGAGGAGCCGGUCAGCCCGAUGGCGCGUGUAUUCCAAUCACCGAGGAUUGACUUAUGUGCAGUCACCAUUGUGGGUUUCGAAACAAAGAUUAAUCCCGACGUUGUUCUUGAUGCUUUGAAGCAAAAUGUCUCCAAGCAUCCUCGUUUCUCUAGCAUAUUGUCUGAAAAUGGUGCAAAAUGGAUCGAGACCGAAGUCAAUGUAGAAGAUCAUGUAAUCGUACCAUACAUAGAUCCGGAAGAGAUAGGUGGAGAUGGACAAAGCUUUGUUGAUGACUAUAUGUCACGUCUCACAAUGAUCCCUCUUGAUAGAUCAAGACCCUUGUGGGACAUUCACAUCCUCAACGUCAAAACCUAUGAUGCUGAAGCAGUCGAUAUGGUGCUGCUUUUGGCGACUGUGUUGUAUUUGAAGGAUACAAAAACACCACUAAAAGCAGAUGUGAAUACCAGGAACAAUCCAAAGAGAUUUUAUCACCGAAUUAUUUCUUUAGAUGACAUCAAACAUAUCAAGAACGCUAUGGACAUGACUAUCAACGAUGUUCUAUUCGGAAUGUCACAAGCCUCUUUUUCUCGCUAUUUGAACCGACGAUAUGACAAGAGGAAUGAGGAGAAUGGAGCGUUGACAUCGUAUCCGAACAAUCUUCCAGAAGGUAUACGAUUUCGUGUAGCUUGUACAGUAAAUCUAAGGUCAGACAUCGGAUUCAAGGCAUUGUUGGUACAUCUCAUGAGUUAUGCGGAUAAAAUGAUAAUCUCCAUGGCGUUUGAUCCUACCGUCAUACCGGACCCUCACAUGAUUUGCGAUGAUAUGGAAGAAUCACUGAAAGAGAUGAAAGCUGCUCUCCAUGAAAGAGGGUUACUCUAA